AUGGCCAAGGAGCUUGUUUCUCUCCAGUUUCUCCCACCACCGCUUCACAUUUCUCGCCAUUUCCUUACCCUCUCUCCUCCUUCAACACUCAAUCUCCGUCCAAAACCUCCGCAAAACCCAAUCUUUCUCCGCCGAUCAAACACCCGCACUCACCGCAACAAAACUUCCAACGACGACGAAGGAAUCCCAGCCAACGAAGUCAAAACCAUCGCCAAAUUCAAAUCCCGCCACAAUUACAUCAGAGUCAUCGAAGUCUCCCGGAAAGCCGACCACCCACUCGCCGGCUCUCGCCUCCUCCUCCUCGACAAUCCCGGUAACAUUCACAGCAUCUCUUUCCUUCUCAGAACCUUAACCGAUUGCUACUUCGACGUCUUCGCUACUCUGCCUCCGAUUAUCCCUCCCGGACCCAUCGGCAUUCUCGGAUUCGGAGCCGGGUCAACCGCCCGAUUGAUCCUCGAGCUUUACCCGCCCGAAAUCACAAUCCACGGAUGGGAAAUCGACCCUUCCGUAAUCGACGUCGGCAGAGAGUUCUUCGGUCUCUCUAAGCUCGAAAGGGAGCAUAAAGGUAGGAUUUUUAUCAACAUCGGAGACGCAUUGAGCGCCAGCGUUAGAACCGGGUUCUCGGGUAUUUUAGUGGAUUUGUUUAGUAAAGGGAGUGUGAUCAGAGAGCUCCAAGAUCCUAAAGUGUGGGAGAGUUUGAAAAGUAGGUUGAAGAAGAGAGGGAGGAUUAUGGUGAAUGUUGGAGGGAGAUGUGUGGAAGCUGAGGAUUCAGAGAGAGGUGGAGAUUUGGUUAUGGAGGAGACGUUGAAAGCGAUGAGCAGUGUUUUUGGUGAGAAGCUCUUUGUGCUAACGCUUGGGAAUGGGAAUGAUAGCUCGGUGGCGUUAACCGGUGAUCUACCGGAUCUUGAUGCGUGGAAGGAGAGGCUACCGGUUAGGGAAUUGAGUAGCUAUGUUGAUUUGUGGAAACCAUAUUCAGAAAUUGAGAUGUUAGCCUCGUGA